AACGUAUCCCAAAUGCCUUGUCGACACUCGACAGUAUCGAAGACAGAAUUGUGACGGGGCGCCGAAAGUGAUCUAAGUUGUACACGCGCAAUUAAACAUGGGUUUUGUUCACUGGAGGUGAUAAUGAAUGCGUCUGUAAGGCAAUAAUGAGGUUUAUUAUUACAAAAUACCUACUAACAUAGAAUAAAUGAAAAAUACUGAGACAGCUUACACUGUGUGCAACGCUAGCAGACACUUUAGCUUUGAAAGCCAAACAUUUGUUUGUGUUUGAUGUUUCGUGCCCAAGCAGUAUCAAAUGAUUCGUAAUUCCGUACAGCACUAGUGAAUUGCAAAUCUUCCUUAUCGGCCGAAGUAAUUAUUUAGCGUAAAGAAGCAUGACUUCCUCAAUCAAAAGAAUAUUGUGUGUCGUCUUAAUCGUCGUGGCAUUAACACGUGCAGAAAAAGAACCUGUCGAUGUGGAACAACCAAUUAGUCCUCAAUCAAAAGCCCGUGACAAUGCUGAAGCUCACACUCAAGGUGGCAGCGAAAAAACUACAAAUCUCGGAUUCAUACACGCAUUUAUUGCGUCAAUAUCAGUUAUUAUUGUCUCCGAAUUGGGCGACAAAACAUUUUUCAUCGCAGCUAUCAUGGCAAUGAGACAUCCACGCCUUACUGUAUUUCUGGGUGCUAUUUCAGCAUUAAUACUUAUGACUAUUUUAUCAGCUGUUUUUGGUCUUGCUGCAACAAUUAUCCCCCGUGCCUACACAUACUACAUUUCAACAGCAUUAUUUUUGCUGUUUGGGCUCAAGAUGCUGAAGGAAGGUUAUUACAUGUCGCCUAAUGAAGGACAGGAAGAGUUUGAGGAAGUGCAGUCCGAUAUACGAAAAAGAGAAGAUGAGUAUGAGAAAGAAGCUGCUGCAUCACUUGUUCAGGAUCCUGAAUCAGGAGUUAUAAGAAAGUCGGCCAAACCAGGCAGAAGUGUUCUGCAUUUCAUUUCACGGAUUUUUCUGCAGUCUUUCACUCUCACAUUCGUCGCAGAAUGGGGUGAUCGUUCCCAGUUGACCACUAUCAUCCUUGCUGCAAGAGAAGAUGUAGUUGGUGUAACAAUUGGUGGAAUUUUUGGUCAUGCAAUUUGUACAGGAUUGGCUGUUCUUGGUGGAAGAAUGAUUGCACAGAAGAUUUCUGUGAGGACAGUUACCCUACUCGGUGGAGUUGUGUUCCUGUUCUUUGGAAUCCUGUCGUUAUUUUUCGACCCAAAUGCGCAGUGAGAGCCAAAAAUGAUUAAAUCACCAAGUACCAAGUGAGGGUGGAGGAACUGAGGGCUCAUGUUGAAGAAUGUGUGUGUGUGUUUGUGUGUGUGUGUGUGUGUGUGUGUGUGUGUGUGUGUGUGUGUGUAAGUGUAAGAAUAAGAGUAUGCAGUAUUAGCUGAGAAAUCAUUUUUUCAAAGAGGUCCGUGUUUCUAUGUGAUAUUAUAUCUGUUACAAAAUAUUGGUGGAGAAACUAUUUUUUUCUUUCUUUUUUUAAGUUUUGAUAACUAAGGCUAUUUUUAUAAAUACCAUGUAUGGAAAGCUUAAGACGUAGCACACUAUUUGUGCUAGUUAUCCGAUAUCCCAGAAAUGGCAGUGCAGAGUCAGACCGUGAACAAAUACAUUAUUUCUUAGAAUGAGACCUUUUCUAAGUUUUUCUCAUGUGGUUUUGUCAGAUAAUGUUUUUAAAUCAUUGUCACACCAUUUCAUAAUCAUACAAUUACUUCACUAUAUAUGUGUAUUUAUUUUAGUAGUUUAGAGUAUCAUGUACAAAAUCAUUUUUAAAAUGAAAGUAAAUGUUUUAUGUGAUAUUCACACAGUCUUAGUGUUAAUAGAAUCUGAACAAAUAAGUAUUUAUUUAUUUGUUGCCCUUCAGGAGGUGUGUUUUAUGUUCCUCUGUGUUGAAGAUUAAUAAACAUUGUAUAAGAAAGUUUACUUAUCAUUACAUAUCUGGAAAUGUAUCUUGUAUUUUUGAUGAAAUUAGCAUUUAUUUUUGGCCAAUAUAGAAUCUACUUUUUUGAA